AUGUCAAACAGAAAUUCGGUAUUAGAAGUUUUUAAUAUUAAUAACAAUUCUAAUCCUAAAAAAUAUAUCAAUGUAUGUGCACCAAUGGUUAGAUAUAGUAAAUUACCUUUUCGUGAGUUGGUUCGUGGUUAUAAUGUAGAUUUAACGUACACACCAAUGAUCUUAGCAAAAGAAUUUAAAAAUUCAAAUAUUGCAAGGAAUUCCGAUUUUACCACCAAUAAAAAUGAUAAACCAUUAAUAAUACAGUUUGCAAGUAAUGAUAAUGUUGAAUUAUUAAAAGCUGUUGAAUUAAUAGUUGGUUAUGUUGACGGAAUAGAUGUUAAUUGUGGAUGUCCUCAGAAAUGGGCAAUAAAUGAAGGAAUUGGAGUGUAUUUGAUGGAGAAACCCGAAAAAAUAAGUGAUAUGAUUCGAACCAUUAAAACAAACAUUCCAACUUUACCAUGUUCAAUUAAAAUUAGAAUUCAUAAUGACUUGAAGAAGACGAUAGAGUUCGUGAAAAGGGCAGAAUCAAUAGGGAUAGAUUUCAUCACGGUACAUGGACGCACACCCAACGGAAAUAUAUUUACUUUAAAUGAUGCAGAAGAUAUUUAUAAUCAAACAGGUGUGAAUGGGGUGAUGUGUGCAAGAGGUUUAUUAAGAAAUCCUGCGUUAUUUGCCGGUUAUGAUCUUACUCCUUGGGAUUGCGUUGAAAACUUUGUUAGACUAUCCAUUGCUUAUGGAUCAAAUCAUUUUAUACUUCAUCACCAUUUGAUGUAUAUGUUUGAGGAUGUUAUGAGUAAUGCAGAGAAAAAAUCUUUUAAUACUUUGACAAGCAUCCCUGCAAUUAUAGACCAUUUAGAGGAAUAUUAUGGAUUACAACUAGAAUGA